CCUUUUUUAAUUUUCUCACACUUUCUCGUAUUUUCCCUCACUUUCUCACUCGUCAAGCGCACCCUCUUCGUCCUACUACCCCAUCAUCCCUUUUCUUUCCCGAGUUUACGUGUCUUUCCUAAUUCCUUUUCGGAUGGUUCAAUCCGACCUGCAUUUGUUUGGCCAUGCUCUCGCAUUUUCUUCAGUCCUUAUGUUUUUUUUUUUUAACCAAGAAAAAUCAAGUUUUUGUUCAGCUGAUUUCUCACACAUUUUUUAUUUUAUUUUCUACUCCACUUCAUUUUUGCAGAGGAAUUCCCGCAUGGAUGCUGCCAUUGAUGCUAUGACCCGUGAAAUGGGUUUUGACGAGAGACUAGUUCGUGCCACAGUAAAAGAGCUACUGAAGGUUUAUGGAGUGCGAGGAUCUCCAGACCAAGGAUGGCCCUUUAUCGAAGAGUUUUCUUAUAAACUCCUAAUUGAGCAGCUUCUUGAAAAACAAGAAGAUGGUGCUGAAAAUAGGGAUGCAGCUCCACUAGACGAUGCAGCCCCACCAGACAAUGCUGUUCCACCAGACGACGCUGCUCCACUAGGUGAUGCAGCUCCAUCAGAUGAUGCUGCUCCGUAUGAUGAUGCUGAUGAUGCAUCAUCAGCAGUAGGGCCCUCAAGCAUUGUUAUUCUACCGACCUUCUCAGGGGCUGUGGACAGCAAAUUGCAGACUCAGGAUGCUUGUGACUCUACAUCACAGAAUAAUGGACUUAUUCAUGCAUUACUGAUUAAAACUACAGGUGCCAAGGAGUGUCUCCCAGUAGAUACUCUUGCACUGCGGAGGCGUAAACCUUGCUAUGGCUGGGCUUUUAGCAAUGAUGGGGAAGGUCCUGUGGAACUAAAAUCGGGCCCAUUGCCAGAGUCAGUUAUAGGUAUCAUGUCGAUAUUCGAUGCCAACCAGUGCAACUCUAGAGAAGAGAAUGCACAUUUUGGAAAGCCAUUGGAACCCAAAUUACAUUUACAAGAAGAUAGCGAAAGAUUGUCAGCUUAUGAUAAUCUUGAACUGUUAAAGAAUGGUCUACCUGGAGCUCUUGUAACUGCAUCUGUUUUGGGGAUACAUGAGCUCAGCCAUGUUUUAGUUGCAAAAAACACUGGAGUCGUGCUUGGAGUGCCAUACUUUGUCCCUAGUUGGCAGGUGAAUUUCAUAAGAAGAUGUCCCCCCCCCCCCUCCUCUUCUUUAGGGUUGAUCACAUCGAUUGUGGACCUUCUGCUUCUGACAUCUGUAGGAGUUUUAAGCUCCUUAGAGUGCUGGAAUUAGAAGAUAUGAAGUGGUUGAAUAUUCCAAGCGCAAUUGGAAAAAUGGUCCAUUUGAAGUACUUGGGUUUAAGGAAUAGCUGCAUAACGGAGCUUCCAGAAGAAAUAGGUUGUUUGUCUAACCUGCAGACUCUUGACAUUGCCAAAAAUUACUAUCUGAGAAGGGUACCUAAUGUGUUGUGGAAGAUCUAUUUUAUUGCAAGUUGCGAAUUGACACCCUCCGACAACUCGAGACUCUAUCAGAUAUACAUGUUGGUAGUUGGAAAGAAACUGACUCCGGGAAUUUAGUCAGCCUUCGAAAGUUGGGAUUGAAAGGACCAUUCACCACAAACAGAGUGGAAAUAUUUGAAUCUUUAGCCAAGCUUCCAAACCUCCACUCCUUGUCCUUGACGUCUGCUGAUACUGUGUUUCCAUCACUCCCUGAACUUUCAUCUCUUCGCGGUGU